AUGGAUCUCCUGGAGACUGAUGUUUUCGACAGUGCUGAGACAAAUGCAAUGGCAACUGCUCUCCAGAAACCAGCUCCCAAGAAGGGAGCCAAUAAAGCCUUAAAGAAACUGUCAGCAAAGGGCAGCAAGAAGCAGCGAAGGUCGAGGAAGGAGAGUUACUCCAUCUACAUCUACGAAGUGAUGAAGAAGCAGGUUCACCCCGACACCGGCAUCUCCUCCAAGGCCAUGAGCAACAUGAACUUGUUCGUGAAUGUUAUUUUUGAGCACAUCGUGGGUGAGGCUUCCUGCCUGGCUCAUUACAACAAGCGAAGCACCAUCAGCUCCCGGGAGAUCUAG